GGAGGACUUCCCUCGCGCGCUUCCCCUGCCACUGAUGGCCAUGGCUGCCCUCAACGUCUCUCUCUGCUCCACUGCAACGUCCAGAACCUUCGGUUCCAGCGAUUCCCGGUCGCCGAAGCUUCGAUCGAUCGCCUCCGUCAGGUCUCCUAUCCGAAGAAAGCCUUCUCCGUUGAAUCAGGCGUCGAGAAUCGAGAUCCCGACCAAUCUCGUGUCCGCGAUUGGAGAGUCCGUCGCGGGGGCUGGCCUUCUGGCUCUUCUUGCUGCGUCGUUGUGCUUCGGCGAUCCGGCAUUGGCGUAUAAGGGUGGUGGUCCUUAUGGUGCUGAAGUUACUCGUGGCCAAGAUCUUACUGGCAAAGAUUUUAGCGGGAGAAGUCUGGUUAAGCAAGACUUUAAAACAUCGAUUCUGCGGCAAGCCAACUUCAAAGGUGCAAAGUUAGUGGGUGCAAGUUUCUUUGAUGCAGAUUUGACAGGGGCUGACCUUUCAGAUGCAGAUCUUAGAUUUGCAGACUUUUCACUAGCAAAUGUUGCAAAGGCUAAUUUGACCAAUGCAAACUUGGAAGGUGCCCUUACUACAGGCAACACUUCAUUCAAGGGAUCAAUAGUAACUGGUGCAGACUUCACAGACGUACCUCUAAGGGAUGAUCAACGGGCCUAUCUUUGCAAAAUUGCUGACGGCAUCAACCCCACGACAGGGAAUUCUACCAAGGAGACAUUGUUAUGCUAAGAAUUUACUCAUCAUCCACCUUACCAUGAGCAAAGUCCCCAUCUUUAUCUUUGACGCAAAAAUGUUGAAAAAGGUCUGGCUGGCUGUACAUCAAUUUUCUCUAUAGUUUUACUCCUUGCUGUUUGUAUUCUAACCGUAUAUAUCUGUAACAAAUCAUUUUCCAUCACAUCUCUGUCUGUGGAAAACCUGGUCAUUUUUUCGAAGCCUCUCUGCUUCAGGUUCUUUGUUGCAUCAGAUGCUUAACAUCAUGAAGUUUCCACUUACAUAUUAUAUCCUUCCUAAUAGGUUUUGUAUA